UUGUGAACACUGGACUACCUAUUGACAUCUGCCUGCUAGUGUCGACUGUCGACUGCGGGUUGUCAAAUUUAGGAACGAUCUGAAAAAUCGCCUAGUACUAAUAUUACUCUUAGUUAUAUUCUCAGAUUGGUUACCUUCUUUUUAAUACAAAAUAAACCUUAAGCCAAAAUGCCCAAGAAAUUUGCAGGCGAGAACAGUAAAGCUGUGGCUGCUCGACAGCGAAAAGAAAAUAGCAAGCAGGAAAAAGAGCAAAAAAUUAAGAAAAUAGUCGAGGAUGCCGAGUGGGAAGAUAAUGAUGAUAAGCUAAAAAAAAAACAACAGAAAAAAGAAGAACAAGAAAAGAAGCGUCUUGAGCAACUUCAGAAGAAAGCUGAAGCAAAGGCUCUUCUGGAGAAAGAGAUGGAGUCUUUGAAGGGUAAAGUCGCCCCUCCACCACCAAAAAUUACCCGUGCACAAAUUACACAGAUGAAAGAAAGAACUGUCAAACCAGAACCAGAGAAACCUCUUCCAUCCAAAGUUGUUGUGGAGGAACCCCCACUGGUUGAGAAUCUCAACAGGCUACAAAUUGAUGGUGAUGUUGCCCAGUCUGUUGAGGAAGCUAUCUCUAUACUUACUGAUAAGACUGAUGUAGACAAGCAUCCAGAGAAGAGGUUAAAGGCUGCUUACACAGCAUUUGAAGAAGUUACACUGCCAAGGUUGAAAGCAGAAAAUCCAACUCUAAGACUAUCACAACUAAAGCAGAUGUUAAGGAAAGAGUGGUUAAAGUCUCCGCAGAAUCCUCUUAAUCAAAAAGUAUAAUGUAUAGAGUGGGAUAGAGAGACUGAUGUAUUAUUUCAGAUUAAAUUGGCCUAGGAUUGAAGUCAAUUUGGUUGAUUUAUUCUUUGUUAUUAAUAUUGCAAAAUAUGAUUGCAAUAAAAACCCACUGGAUGUCUAAAUAAUUUAUUGUAUAACUAGCAUCUAAAAAUUAAAAACAAAAAAACAUAAAAUAUUGUAAAUAUCUUAA